AUGGCAGCUGCAAGUUCUGGGCACGGGCGCAUACCACAGCCUCGAGGCUCGGGAGGACGAGGCCCUAGGCGUGUACAGCCAGCACGGGCCGCGAGCGCCGCUGCAGCUGCAGCUUCUGAAACAGAGCGUGUAGCACAAGCGGAGCGCCGCGCAUGGCUCCACUGGCACCGAAAACAGCGACGCUUGCUGGAAUGGGGGGCAGCAUGCUUUCCUAUGGAGCGCGAUGCCUCGGCGUUGCCACUAGCAACAUCGGGCACGACGGAGUCGGCGAUUUCUCGAGUCAUGCUUGAAUCGGUGUCGGAUGCACAGGCACCGCAUGUAGCGGCGGACCGUGAUUUGCACCGCACGAGUGCCGGGGUGCGCCGCCUUUUGUCGCAGCGGCGCGGUGCGAAUGCGCUUCUCGACGAGGCAGCCUCUCUUGGGCAGCUGGCCACCAUGCCAGUCUUUGCUGUUGGUCCACCGACGUACCCAUCACGCGCACUUUGUAAUGUGUGUGGCUAUUGGGGCGAUAUCAAGUGCAUGGCGUGUGGUGAGCCGUGCUGCUCACGUGCGUGUAUGCAGACACAUCGAGAGACACGAUGUGAGCGGCAAUAG